ACGUAUUAUCAGUUUAAUGAGUCAGUUCUAGUACUUAAGCGAUCGAAUUUCUCAUAUCGCAUCAGUCGUUCGAGAGACGCGCACGCAACAUGGCAGACAGAUAUUACGGUUUUGGUGGAAGACCACCACACGGCUACCCAGAAGGGCCACCGGGAUCCGGUGAUCAAACCCAUCCUUAUCCCUACGGACCCGGAGUUGUUUUCUAUCCAGUUCAUCCCGCGUAUUUCUACCCUCCGCACCACCACUAUCCCCCACCAGUACCCCCAGGGGCAGUCCAAGUAGUCGAUUCUAAUCCAGAAGAUGAUGUACCACAAUUACCCGGGGAGACGGUCGAGUUGCCAUGGAGUACAUAUCGUUGGGUUCCGGCAUGUUUAAGCCAGAGGAGUAUCCCAAUGGGAGCUCUCCGUGUUGGCACUGACGCUGAUGGAGACGAAAUCUACGCGGGCAGAGCUCACCACGCAGGAGACAUUCUCCCAGCCAAGGUCAUUCCUUCCAAGAAUGCUUGCUACAUCGCCUACAACGGCGAAGAGCUACCUAAGGAUCAGUUUGAGGUACUUGUUCCCGCCAUGUUCUCGUGGCAGUUCUCCACCGACGGCAACGUGCCCCCAGGCGCAGUUGAAGCCGGUGUAACUGCUGACGGAGAGAAACUUUUCUUCGGAAGGGUCAACCAUGAUGGCUGCACUACUCCUGGAAAGAUCCACCCCAGCCAUGCAACUUGCUACUAUCCCUUCGGUGGUGAAGAGAGGAGCUCCCCCGAGUACGAAUGCCUCGUCCUUAUGUAAAGGAUUGGACCUAGAUUUAUAGUCUAAUAGCAACACCAAGGACAUUAUAAAAUACAUAUAUUUAAGUACAAUAAAUCACAAUGAGUAUUAUUCAUUAAA